AUGACGAUGAUCGCGGCCUGGCUCCUCGCCUCAUUCGCGUGUUGGGACAACGACCCGGCGACGCCCUGCCCGGCGUCGCCGGCGGCGAACGCCCGCUACACGGCCCUGGCCAUGCUCGGCGGCAAGCCGGCGCCCCCGGGCGUGGCGCCCGACAGCGCCUGCGUCCUCGCCGAGCGGCCGAAGAAGGACGGCGGGUCGAACACGUCCAAAUGCCUCGAGGCGCUGCGCUGGCGCAAGAAGCUCGACGAGGAGGAGCUCAAGGGCGUCACGUGCGAGAAGACGGCGUUCCUCGCGCACACGUGGUGGGACGGGCCCAUGGUGCGCGUCGUCGCCAUGUUCCUGCGGAGCUUCCGGGCGACGCAGCACGCCCAGUGCGCCAAGCUCGUCGUCUGGACGCCCGGCGACGGCACGGAGCGGUCCACGGAGCGCGGCCGCGCUUUGGUCGAACAGGUCGAGGCAAUGUCCGGCGCGCCCGUCGUCUUCCAGACGCUCCACAUGGAGGCCGCGGCCGGUGCCAUGGCCAAGGGCACGCUCUUCGAGGAGUACGUGACCAACGCCGUCCUCGCCCACGACUGGAGCACGACGAAGCCGGGGGACAAGAAGGAGGGCACGCGCCACUUCAGCGACUUCUUCCAGCUCUUCGUGCUCUGGCGCUACGGCGGCGUCUACUUCGACGCGGACCAGGUCCUGCUCCGCGACCUCUACCCGCUCUGGGGCCUGAACUUCGAGUACCAGUGGAGCUUCAUCCCGGAGAAGUUCAACAACGCCGUCCAGGGUCUGGGGCGCGGCGAGGGCGAGGCCCUCAUCCGCCACGGCGGCAAGCUCAAGGGCCUGGGCUGCUGCAAGGGCUGGGGCAACACGCUCUGGACGGCCAAGGUCGUCAAGGGCCUGGGCAACACCUACGGCCUGCCCUGCACGGCCUGGGACCCCUUCUGGCUCCGCAUGGACGGCCACCACACGGGCGAGAUGACGCGGCCGUCGCUGAAUUUUCCCGAACCCGUGAACCGCAACUGGCUCUUCCAGGCGCAGUACGACGUCGUCAAGGACUGGUACGACGGCGCCUUCGGCAUCCACUGGCACGGCGGCGCGGGCGGCGCGGGCGGCGGCGACGCGAACGCGUGGCUCCCGACGGUCAAGGACGGCUCCUACUUCGACCACUGGGAGCAGAUCUACUCGUAA